UAGGGAAGAGGGAGAGGUGCGGGUAUAUAAAGUUGGUAAGCAGGAUGGGGGGUCAGUUGAGUUGUGUCGCUGGUGUCAUGAAGUCACUUCAUCCAGAGCUCCUGACGACCUUCGUCGUCAUCGUCACCGUCGCCCUCGCCCAGAACGCUGUAUCAUUAGAUGAUGCUUCUGCGAGAUUGCUGGAGCAAUGGACGAGCGACGAGGACACCUCAGAGCUGCACUCAGGGGCCACUGGUCCCCUGAUGGAACUACUGCAGGUGACUGAGCACGAGUACGAACCCUACCCUAGCGACGACUUCUUAGAUCCUGGAGACCACUUAGAUCCGACGACCAACUUAGAUCACAGCGACGACCUUUAUUACGACGAUGAUAACGACUCCGACAACGACGACAGUAGUAAUUUAGAUUUGGAUUCAGAGGAGGACGAGGACCUGAGUGAGGAACGACAGAACAUCGCUCGCGUCAAAAGGAAGGUGAUCUUCGGCGGCGGCGGCGGCUACAGCAGCGGCAUGGGGCGUCGGGGCGGCGGAGAUGGGGACCCCUAUCGCCGCCGUGGCGGCCAUAACAACCAAGGCCCUGAUUAUGGGGGUUACGACUAUUCAUGGCCCCAGCAGUCUCGAACUGACUUUGUAGAUACCAGCUCCUACGGCACGUCGCAAAGGUCGACUUCGUCAGAUACUUCAAGUUCUAGCUCUUCAGCAAAGCCCUCUACGAGCUCUGACACUGGCGUAGUGUUUGGUACUCCCAUAGCUUCUUCUGCCUCCACCAUCACUGGUACCUCCAGGUCAGCAGGAAGCUCCCGCACGUACGGCAUCACUCGGUCCUCUCCCUUGGACACCGACAGCUACGCUGACACUCCCAGCACCUCAGGUAGGAAGAGCAAAACAGGACGUCGUGAGGUGAAGAAAAAACUCUCCAAGAACAUGAAGUGGGAGAUCGCAGAGUACGCUAUCAAGCACGGGGCGCAGCGGGCUGCAGAACGUUAUGCCCAUGUCGUGGAACGAAGACUCAGCGCAAAGAAGAUCGAAAAGUUUGUGAACCGGUACCAGAAACAGCUAUUGAAGAACCAAAGGCACCAGCAGUAAGUAGGUUGUGGGAGGGUUGCUGAGAUACGUGAAGCAUCCUGACCAGCUGGAAUGCUUGGAAACAAAUUUCCACAUGUAAAGUCAUGGGUGUCUCGGAUACGGUUUAUUACCCACUACUAAACUUUCCAGUGGUUCAACAAAGUUUCGUUUCGGAACUUAGUUUAUUUCCUCUAAACCACAGACUCGAGACCUUGAAUGCCAUCACAAAUGAGAGUGAAGCACAGCCAGAGACUGUGCUCCCAGCAAGAAGCUUAUUGUGUUUAAUUUGUGUUAUUAGCUGUAACAGAAUCCAACCAAACUGAAGUACCUGUGUCUAUACUGCUAACAA